AUCUUAUAAAUGUCGGACAUAGCUAUAGCAUUUUGAUAUAUCAUCAAAUCAGCAGAAGACCAUUUUUAUUCUCCUCCACCAUGGGCGCUCUAUCUCUCUCUUCUAUAUGCCAUCUACUGCUUCUGAUCCUUCUAGCCAUACUUUCAUCUGGGUACCACUCCGAUGCAGCUAAUAAAGGUUUCUCAAUCUUAGAAGCCACUGUUGACGAAAUCCAACUCGCUUUCAAGCAAAAAAAACUCACUUCAAGACAGCUUGUACAGUUCUAUAUAAACCGGAUCCAACGGUUGAAUCCAGAACUACAUGGGGUCAUAGAAGUGAAUCCAGAUGCUGGUGCUCUAGCCGAUAAGGCUGACUAUGAGAGAAAGGUUAAGGCUCCAGUAUCAUUCUCUAAGCUUCAUGGAAUACCUGUUCUGGUUAAGGAUAAUAUAGCCACCGAGGACAAGAUGAACACCACUGCAGGCUCACUGGCUUUGCUUGGCUCAGUCGUGCCACGAGACGCGGGAGUGGUGGCCAAGCUCAGGGAAGCUGGGGCUAUCAUACUGGGAAAAGCCAGCUUGUCCGAAUGGUCCGGUUCCAGGGGCAAUAAUGCGCCCCCUGGUUGGAGCGCCAGAGGAGGCCAAGGGGUGAAUCCUUAUAACAAGAUGCAAACUCCUUGUGGAUCGAGUAGCGGAUCAGCAAUAUCAGCAGCUGCAAAUUUUGCAACAGUUACAUUAGGAACAGAGACAGAUAAUUCCAUUUUAUGUGCAUCCAGCUUAAACUCAGUGGUGGGCAUCAAACCAACUAUUGGUCUCACUAGCCGAGCAGGGGUUGUUCCCAUCACCCAAAGACAAGAUACCGUAGGACCAAUUUGUAGUACUGUCUCGGAUGCCACUUAUGUUCUUGAUGUCAUUGCUGGUGUUGAUAAGAAUGACAAAGCAACAAUUGAAAAAUCCAAGUAUAUUCCGAAAGGUGGCUAUGCACAAUUUCUUAGACCAAAUGGACUCAAAGGAAAGAGACUUGGGAUUGUAAGACAUCCCUAUUUUGAAUUCAACAUUUCUAAUAAAGAGAUUGAAACAUUGCUGAUUAAUACUUUUGAGCAACAUCUCAGCACACUAAGGAAAGAAGGUGCAAUUGUGAUAGAUCAUCUAGAAAUAACAAAUAUUGACGAAAUCAUGAAUGAUAUAUCGAGUGAAGAUACUGCAAUGAACACUGAGUUCAAGAUAGAUUUAAAUGCAUACCUAAAGGAGCUCGUGUCAUCACCUGUGCGAUCCGUAGCCGAUGUCAUAGUCUUUAACAAGAAAAACUCCAAGUUGGAAAAAACUGAGGAAUACGGGCAAGAAAUACUUAUAGCAGCCGAAGCAACAAAUGGGAUAGACAAAGCUGCAUUGGCCACUCUAGCAAGACAAACAAAUAAUGGUUUAGUGAAGUUGAUGAAAAAGUACAAGCUAGAUGCAUUGGUGGCUGGUGGUGGACCUUCUUUUCCUAUCCCAAAUAUUAGUAAAAUCUUGGCAAUUGGGGGAUUCCCUGGAAUUACUGUCCCAGCAGGCUACAUUCAAGAGGGGACGCCAUUUGGCAUUUUCUUUGGGGUCCUGAAAGGUUUUGAACCCAAAUUGAUUGAAAUUGCAUAUGGGUUUGAGAAAGCUACUAAAAUUAGAAAACCUCCUCAGCUUUAGAAGUUGAUCAAGACCUUCCGAAUCCAUGCAUGCAAUUUCCCUAUAUAUAUAUGUAUAAACUCGUAUUUAUAUUAAGUAUACUAGACACUUAUGCCUUACAAUAAUGCUUGUAGUUUUACUACUAUUGGCAGUCUGGAGUCAUUAAAAACUAUAACUAAUUAUUCUCUUUUUUUUUGCCGGAGUAUUAAUCUCUUCUUUAUUAGCUAUCACACAUGUUACAUCAAUAAAUGCAUGGAGAGUUAUUUGGAUCUGAA